AUGUUAGAUGAACUUCAUAGACAAGAACGUGAAGAGCUAGAGAACAAGCUUGAAGCAAAAGACAAAAACAUACAGAAAAGAAUACCACGUUCGGUACCAAAAGGAAAGGAAAAGAACUAUAAGUAUAUGAUUUACACUGAAGAGAUGGAAAAUGAAGAAGACAGAGAUAUGGUUAUGUUGCAUUUAGUCAGAAGAAACAACAAAAGCUUUUACGACUUAGCUAAGAUUUACAAAUCUGACAGAAAUUGGUUCUAUCGCGAAAACUUACCGAUUUCAAUGACACCGAAUGAAGAUGUUAAACGGAUAGUUCAAGAUACGUUACCUCAAACACACUAUGAUAUGAAAGGUUGUACAAUACUUACAUUCAAAGAAGACUUACCGCUACUGAAGGAAAAGAUAACAGAGUAUUUCGAUAACUUCAAAGAGGAAGAGUAA